AAAAAAAAGAUUUGUUUGUUUCUCAAAGUACACUGCCUGGUUUCUUCUCUCCACAGUGGUCUCACAUCCGAAACAUGGCUACGGAUUGGCUAGGCAGUAUUGUGUCCAUCAACUGUGGGGAUAGCUUGGGUGUCUAUCAGGGAAGAGUUUCAGCAGUGGAUCAGGUCAGCCAGACCAUUUCUCUCACCCGGCCUUUCCACAAUGGAGUGAAGUGCCUUGUGCCAGAAGUCACCUUCAGGGCAGGUGACAUUAUGGAGUUAAAAAUUCUGGAGAUACCAGGUCCUGGAGAAAACCAACAUUUUGGAGACCUUCAUCAGACAGACUUAGGCCCCUCUGGUGUUGGGUACCAAGUGGGUAUCAAUCAGAAUGGCACAGGCAGGUUGGUCAAGAAGCCAACCUCUUCCAGCAGUGCCCCUCAGAACAUCCCUAAGAGGACAGAUGUGAAGAGCCAGGAUGCUGCCGUUUCCCCCCAGCAGCAGCAGUGCUCCAAGAGCUAUGUGGACAGGCACAUGGAGACCUUGAGUCAGUCCAAAAGUUUCCGUCGUCGGCACAACUCUUGGUCAUCUAGUAGCAGGCACCCAAAUCAAGCAACUCCAAAGAAAAGUGGUUUAAAGAAUGGCCAAAUGAAGAAUAAAGAUGACGAGUGCUUCGGGGAUGAUAUUGAAGAGAUCCCAGACACAGAUUUUGAUUUUGAAGGGAACCUAGCCCUGUUUGACAAGGCAGCUGUGUUUGAAGAGAUUGAUACAUACGAGAGGAGAAGUGGUACCCGUUCCCGAGGCAUCCCAAAUGAAAGGCCUACUCGGUAUCGCCAUGAUGAGAACAUCCUGGAGUCAGAGCCCAUAGUCUACCGGCGGAUCACAGUGCCGCACAAUGUGAACAAGGAGUUCUGCACAGACUCUGGCCUGGUUGUCCCAAGUGUUUCCUAUGAGCUACAUAAAAAGCUGUUGUCUGUGGCUGAAAAGCAUGGGUUGACUCUGGAGCGGAGACUGGAGGUGACAGGCGUGUGUGCCAGUCAGAUGGCACUGACUCUACUUGGAGGACCCAACAGGUUGAAUCCCAAAAAUGUACACCAGAGGCCUACAGUGGCUUUGCUCUGUGGGCCCCAUGUGAAGGGGGCUCAGGGUAUCAGCUGUGGAAGGCACCUAGCCAACCAUGAUGUCCAGGUCAUCCUCUUCCUGCCCAACUUUGUCAAGAUGCUAGAGUCCAUCACCAACGAGCUAUCUCUCUUCAGUAAGACCCAAGGCCAACAAGUGUCUAGUCUCAAAGAUCUGCCCACUAGCCCUGUGGACCUGGUGAUCAACUGUCUAGAUUGUCCUGAGAAUGCCUUCCUGCGGGAUCAGCCCUGGUACAAGGCAGCUGUGGCUUGGGCCAACCAGAACCGGGCACCAGUACUAAGCAUAGAUCCUCCCGUGCAUGAAGUCGAACAGGGCAUCGAUGCCAAGUGGUCACUGGCUCUGGGCCUGCCUCUGCCACUGGGAGAGCAUGCAGGCCGCGUCUAUUUGUGCGACAUUGGCAUUCCCCAGCAGGUAUUCCAGGAGGUGGGGAUCAACUACCACUCACCCUUUGGCUGCAAGUUUGUCAUCCCACUACACUCUGCUUAAAGGGGCUCUGGCAAGGCUGCACCCUGUAGUCCCCUGCUGCUUCUGACACUGGACUUGACAACGAACGCCUUAAGGAUGUGAAGCUUCAUGGACCUUUUUGUUAAAUUUUUUCCCUUUUGGGUUUGUUUCUUCUGUGAGAGAACAGAUCAUAUAUAUUUUUUCUUUUGAGAACUUGUAUUUAAAGCUGACCUGUCACCUGCCCUUCACCAGGAAAGGCUUUCCCAUUGGGUGUGUGAGGCAAGGUGGCAGGCUGCAUGUGCAAUGGCUCCAGGCAUUUCUACACUCAGUCCCCUACAUGGCCAGGUGGGGCUUUGUUUACAGACCGUAGGCGGCUCACAAACUGUUUUAGGUUUACAGUCACUGGGCCUGCACGAGCACCUUGCGGGGGUUGGGUAGGUCCUGUACUCACUCUAUUUGAGUUGGCUUUGUCUCCCCUCCUCUGAUCGUGUACGACUGGCUGCACUGCAGCUGUCCACUAGAGGGCAGACUUGCACUCCCCAUUCAUUUUGAGGGCUGUGGACCUCCCCUGAGCCCCACAAGUUGAUUUGACCCUUUCUCCUUAGCUGAUCCAGGGUUUUAUGCUGGGAUUUUUCCCCAAGGAAAAAAUGUCCUUCCUCCUCUCUACACCACUCUGAGAGGCAGGGAAGGUAGUGGCAUCAGGAUGGUUUUACUGUACUGGGAUUUUACACUGUAUUUCUGUUGUCUUCAGCACAAGUAGUAUAAGGUUGUUACUGUAGAACCAUGACGCCCAUCUUGCCAACAGUGCCCCAUAACCCCAUAUACUCUCUCUAGCUGGGGGCUGAGCAUUUGCUUAGUCUGAGGCCAGGCGCCUCAGGGUGCAGCUUGAAUGUUCAGUAUUGGGAAGGCCCCUGGGGGUGCCUGGUGCUGAGCCAGUAGAGGGAGCCAGUAGAGGUUCCGUGGUGCUUCUGUCCUAGGCCAACACUUUCCCCACACAUAUGUACCCUAUUGUUGUGUCCCCUCUGUUCUUCCCCUGAAAUGGUCCUCUGUAGCUAUUAUCCCAGAGCAGGGCACAUGUCCUUCCCUUGUUUGAACCCUUUUUGGUUAUAUACUUUAUAAGUACAAUUGGGGCCACUGCCCUGUCUCACAGAUGCCAAAAUGAGGCUAGUUCUGGAUGACCUGACUGGUGGGACUCAGCCAUAGGAACACACUGCUGGUCAGGUCCUAAGGCACAAAGCCCCUGGACCUUUGCAGGCCUAGGCCCUGGGGGCUGGUAGAACAGGAGCCACACCCUGGAGUACUUGGCAGCUGCCCUUGCAAAGGCUUGUGCUUUAAAGCCUUUUUCAGGGCUUCAGGCUUCCUUCUGCUCUGUGCCUACCCAGUCUUAUUAAAGGGGUGAGUGGAAAGCCUCACCAAGGAUUGCAGAUACAGGGUAGGUAGGCCCUGAUUUCAGGCUGCUUAUCACUUUCCUUAUAGGAGCCUAGCCAGGAACAGAUAAGGUGGGGCAGAGAGAACUGGUCCCUCUUUUCCUCCCAUCCUUCCUGAAAUGUUAAAUUGUCUCCAGCAGUGGGAGGAAGCCAGACACUGUCAACCCUGUGCUAUGUAUCCUCCCUGAGCCUCUGCUCACUCUCAGGACCAAACAGCUCCCAAGAUGGGGCCCUUUAGUCACAAGGCCAUAAUCUGAGGAGGAGUGUUGAAUUACAGGCAUUUUAGUAAGCAAUCAUUAAACAGGUUCUGGCUGCCUGUUAAUGUAGUUGGUCCUUGAUUGGGUAGUGGAAAACAAAUUAGAAGAACCCUGGCCCCAAAGACUGCUUACCCGGGGGGGCGAGGGGGGUGUGUGUUCUUGAGGAGCCACUGGGAAUUUGUGCCCAAGUCUUUUUUCUCUCCUGGUGGCACUGGAGCUCUAUCCUGCCCUCAGCUGGGCCUUCCCCAGUGGUACUAAAGAUAAGCAUCAUUCCUCUGUCUGUGGCUCUUUUCAGAGGCAUCCAGUGCCCAGUCCCCAAGGGGCCCCAAUGAGGUGGUCAAGACUAUCAUUCAUGCAGCUGUUGGGGAACCAAAAGCCAGCACUAAAAUAAAGCUGAAUGAUGGGAGCCCUGUGCUCUGGUAAAUUCUA